GUCGUACAGGUUUAGAACGACAUGAGGGUCAGGCAUCAAGAAGAACUAAUUGCAGGGCUGCAGAAAGAGCUGGAAAAGGCUGGAUUUGACCAGAAGGAGAAAGAGCUUAAGGAAUGGAAAGAGCGCUGGUACUCCCUCUCAGAGAGCCUCACACACAGCUCCAGCAGGCCCAGGACAGCCUGGAAAUACAGCAGGAGAAGAACCGCAGCCUGCAGGAUGAUGUGGAUAAACUUCGUACUGCGCUGGUGGAAGAACAGUCCACUGUCUCCAGGCUACACCGUGAGCUACAGGAAGCAGAACAUCAGAGGGAUCUCCUGGGCUCCAGAGUAGCUGAGCUGAACUGUGACAUCCAGCAGAAAGACUGCAGGCAGCUCACAGAGCAGGAUGAGAUGUCCAGUAGAGAUGAGACAGUUCUGAGACUGACGGCAGACCUGCGGGCCGCUCAGGAGAAUCUGACCGCUGCACAAGAGGAGCUGGCAGAGCAGAUGCAGCAGGUCAUGUCUAGGGAAGAGGAGGUCGUGGCCCUGCAGAAGGAGGUGAGCAGACUUCAGGAGAUCCUGAAACAGAGAGAAGAAAUGAUGGAGAAGAACAAACACAACACAACACAGCUCCAGCGAGAGACAGACUUCCUUUACAGACAGUGUGAAGUCCAAAAGGAGGAGCUGUGUGAUCUGCGUGAGGAGGUGCAGCGAUGGCAACAGGAGGCUGAGGAGGCGGAGGAACAGAAUGAGAGCCGGGUGAAGGAGGUGCAGGCCCUUAAGGAAGAGCUGCAGAGCACACAAAGUCAUCUGCAGCAGCACAGAGAUAACCUGGAGAGUCUGUGCCGAGAGCUGGAGACAGCCCACAGACAGCAGAGAGACACGGAGGAUGAGGCCUCCUGCAGGGCGGCAGCUCUCCGCAGUCAGGAUGCAGAGUUGAUUGAGCUGAAGGCAGGUCUACUGGAGGCUGAGAAACUGGCCACAGACGCAAAGGCCCGACUGCAACCUCUUAGAGAAUCCCUCGAGCUCUGCAAACACAAGUACCAGGCCUGCCUCAGCAAGAUCGCACAACUAGAGAACACACUGCAUGGCCGCGAGGAGGACCUGAAAGAGGCCCACAGUCAGGUGGCACAGAGGGAAGAGCAGGUCCUCCGUCUGAGGGCUCAGGUUGUAGCUCUGCAGGGGGAUCUGCAGGUACACUGCACCCAGCUGGAGAGUGGAGACGAUGCCCUCGCCGCUCUGAGCCAACAGCUCCGAGACACGCUGGGAGAGCUGGAGCACAGCUGUAAACACAGCCGUGAGUGUGAGCUGCUCAUCAGCACUCUCAGAGACACCGCUGCUACCCUUCGCCGACAGGCUGAAGAGCAAGAAGAGAUGGCAGUGAAGACACAGGCUGAUUUCUCCAUCAACCAGGCCACUCACGUUCACUCCGACUCAGACUACGAAUCCCAGCUGUCCCGUGUUCAGGAACUGGAGCAUGCGCUGGAACGCUGCGGUCAGAGCGCCCAGGAGUUGCGGGUCUGCCAGCUGGAGUUGGCAUGGCACCGAGAUGCCAGUACAGCAGAGGUGCAACGGCUGCAGGAGCAGGUGAGGAAGCUCCAGGCGGAUGCAGCGAAUGAGGGCCGAAGACGAGCACACAUUUAUUCUCUGGAACAGAAGGUAGCCAGUCUAGAAGGAGAGCUACAAGUAGCUCAAAGGCAGUGUGACCAGGCUAUCCAGAAGAGAGACGCCCUACUGAGACAGUCCGAGGCUGAUCUUCUGCAGGCAUGGGAGAAGAUCCGAAGCAAGGCGGUGGAGGCAGAGAGGCAGGCCAUCUCUGCUCGAGGGCUGGAGGCUGAUCUGCAGAGAGCCAAGAAAGAGAAAAGGCAGAGGGAGAAAGAGUGUGCCUCACUCAAAACACAGAUGCUUCAGCUCAGAGAACAACUGAAGGAGGCUCACGCCACCUGCAGAGACACGGCCCAGGAGCAGCAGGAGAAAGAGCAGCUGUUGGAGAGAGGUCAGCGUCUGGCUCAGGAGCAGCUCUCAGAGCGUGUGACGGAGGUGAUGCAGGCAGAGAAAGCCCAGAGGAGUCUUCAGGCAGAGCUCAAGAGAAUAACAGAGAGUCUGGAAAGCACCCAACUGGAGCUCCAGGACUCACGGAGGAUGCUGGAGCGUGUGAAGACAGAGGCCAGCAGCAGCAGACAGGAAGCCCUGAGACUCCAGCAGGAGAAACAGCAGAUCCAGGAAGAGCUGGACAUCAGCAGAGAGACCAUCUCAGCCCUGCAGACUAAGGUGAGAGCCACUUCACACUCAUCCUGCUCGUAUUCAGAGCUUUAA